ACGUGUAGAAAUGCCCCAAGCACACGUUAGCGUCAAAAUAAGUGCAUCUUGCUAAAACAGCGUGCAGCAGUCUGGUAGUUUCACUCUUGAUUCGCUCCGGAAUCGCCAAGUGUCAGUGAGUGGUGCUCAGCAAGUGCGCCACAGAAAAGUUCCGCGAACUCUUCUGAAGCUGCUCGCAACUCUACGCGACUUUGCUCUGCCAAGUUUUCUACUGACUUUGACAGUACAACAUUGAUGGUGCAUCUUGGGUGAAGCUUGAAGAAAAGAGAAAAGAAAAGGUUUCUUUGGCUGUCUGCUCCACCAACCAGAGGGCUGGGAUUCGUGGUGGCAAGAGAUCCGAUCCCAUGAACACUGUCCUGUCUCACUUCAGAGCACAGUAAUACACACACAGUUACUGGAAUGGAUCGGCGCACAAAGAUUGUACCCGGAUGGCUGGGUGUGGGGGCGUGAGAACCUGCGGGUCCGCCAGCUGCAGGGGGUGGUCCGAGCUAAUGGCUGCCCCUGACAGCGAGGGUAGUGCCCUCCUUCUGUCCUCCUCAUCAGUCCCGCCACCAUGUCCAUGAUGGGGAACUUCGGACAGAGUGCCGAGGAACCAGAAAUGAAGGAACAACGCAGGAAGAACAUCAGUGCCGUGCUUCAGCGACUUUCUGAUAAACAGAGCUCCGGGUACGAAUCUGAAAAAGAGUCUGACCUGUACACCCAAACCCCGACAGAGCCUCGGGUGCCCCUGAUCCCAGAGUGCGAACAAGGGGAGAUAACUGUAGGUGAACAUUCCACAAAUGUGACCAAGACGGUGCGAUCUUACACAGAGUACGAGGAGGUGCAUGUGAGAAGGUUGAAGAUGAAGCAGGAAGGUUGGAUGAAGUAUCAACAGGAAGUGAUCCAGCAGAGUAGCACGUCCCACAGCGUCUGCUACCCCAUCCCUAAGCAGCUGCCUUCCUCAAGUGCCUGCCAAUCAGAACACGAGCAAAAGCAGCUGUGUGGUUCGCCGGCGUUCGUGGAUGUAUCGCCUUCAGAGAGACCCUCGCCUCCGCCGAAGAUGCACAACACGCCUUCAACGCAGCAGUACCGCGAACCGGUCAUUGUGCCGAGACAACAGUCUCCAUUUUAUCGUCCCCAUCUGUGGAAGUCUCCAACACAUGGUGCUUCUUACCUCAAAGAAUCAGAUAAAACGGAGCAGUAUCAGACUUCUGAGGAACGGAGGCAUCAAAUGGAGGCUUGGUCAAAACAGGAAAGCAAGAUGUCAUUUGAUGAGCCUUCCAGGAACAUAGAACUGUUUCCGCCUCCGGAGUGCAUAUCGAUGUCACAAACGGAGGCGGAGAAAGGCUACAUGACAGUGGCCGAUACAGAGAAAAAGGAGGCAGCAUCCUACCCCAAAAGCUUUAAAAAGUAUUUACAGGAGCGAUACAUAUCAAGUUUGAAGGACACUGAUGUGAGGGAUCUCCUGAAAGUGUGAAGAGGUCCCUCAGAAUGUGUACCAGGUACACCGAAGAAAAGACUGGAAUUGGUCAAGGCAGAGUCUGAACGCAAAAAUCCGAGUUUCUCAAGUACAGAUAGUGAAGGACGAGGGGACGUGUCUCUUCAUUCAGAGGUUUUUAUUCAUGUACGUGAUGUUGAGCCAUCGUCAUCAAGGAGGGCAGAUGAAGACGAAAGCACUGAAACUAAAGAUGAUGUGUUCGAGGCCACUGAGUAUCUAGAACCAGGAAGAAAGGCUCCUGUAGGAUCCUCGCAGAAGGCACGUCGCAGGAACGAGGAACCUCUGGAUCUCCGCAGUAAGCAAAUGCCGUCUGCGACUUUCGCCAGUCACGAGGAACUGAGGAAUCCUGCCCCUUUUUCCUACACAGCUGUCGCCUUCAAUGUACCAUCACUCCCCUCCAAUGUUCUACUCGCCUCAGCAUGAAAUGAUGUCUCCACGUUCUCCACUCUGGUCAGUCCCAGAGGGCCGAGUGUAAUUUAACUUACCUAGUCCGUUUGAGUCUCGCUGCCAUUCAGACCCAGAGUUUUUAUCCCCUGGAUUCAGCCCGGAUUCACCAGGGUUACAUUUUACUUUUCCGCCACGAUCGCCAUAUUUAGGGUCGGGAGGAGAGCACAGCAGAAUGCCAAAAUCGCCUCGCCUGGUGUACCCAGGCAGCCCUGCAAGGUUCCAGGUCUCUUCCAAUAAGCCUCUGCCUAAGCUCUUCUGUUCACCUCCCCCUGUCACUGAAUUCCAGCGCCAGUCUGACGAUGCCCAAGGCUCAGAGCUGACCUACAUUUGCCCUGUGUGUGGACAAGUGUUUCCGUCGUAUGACAACUUGGCAAAACACAUGGCAAAACAUUUACCCACAGAGACUGUCAAAACAGCCGACAACAACAAAGUUCAUUACUGCAAAGUGUGCAAUAGAGCGUUUUCACGCAGCGAUAUGUUGACGAGGCACAUGCGGCUGCACACGGGACUGAAGCCCUACGAGUGCAGGGUCUGCGGCCAGGUGUUUAGUCGCAGUGACCAUCUCAACACUCACCAGCGCACUCACACAGGUGAGAAACCGUACAGGUGCCCGCAGUGUCCUUACGCUGCAUGCCGCCGAGACAUGAUCACCAGGCACAUGCGUAUUCAUCUAAAGCGCUCCUCAAAGCGUGGCAAAUACUUGGCAGUGCCAGAAGGUGAGAGCUCCAAUGUGCGCAAAAGUUCUGUGUCCAGCACAGACACGACCGAUUCACAGGAACAUUCGGGACGCACCUGUUCCGUUUCGAGCGUGGACAGCGUGGAAUCAGAAGGUGGUAACAGGAAGUGCUCGGCAACGAGCGGUGAAAGUUUUGAAGCGGAAGCUCAGCCGUUGUCUAGUGGCAAUCGGCUGUGUCUUCUGCGAGUGCUGAAAGCACAGACUUUGAAGAGAGUCCACACUUAAGGCAGAGCAGCUCAGCAUUUUACGCAGACAGUCCAGGACCGUUUUUAGAGCCAACUUUUACGUAUAGGAAGUCAAGGAACUGGUCAACAACAAGUUUUGAGAGCAUAGACUCUGAAGGGUCCAAUUCCAGACGCGAUUCAGUAGCAGAUGAUUUUGGAGACAUGGACACUAAAGAAUCGACAGAACAUCGUAGCGCACGUGACACACCUGUCAUUGACGAUGACAGUCUACGAAAAUUCACCAUCAGUUCAGACGAUAUACAAAAUUGAUGCUAGUUUUGAGUUAUUUUAUUUGUUUUUUUUUAAUGUUCCACAUUGGUUUUGUUUGUUCAGAUUUGUUGGUCUUGAUAUGUCAAGUACAUUUACUCAGCACACAAGCUGCAUUCUUUUCAUACACCUGUUCUGUUUUGUUAUCAUAAGAUUAACUCAUUUUAUUGGUCUUAGUGGAAGUACAUCUGAAUCAUUUUUUAUUCUCACCUUUGGUAUUUUUUCAAACUCCACUGGGAAAGUGGAUGUUCCAUGAGGAUGUAUCUAAAACUCUCAUUUUGAAUCUAUCAGCAGGUUACUCAUUAUUGAUUUAUAUCAAGUCAUUUUUGUCAUAUUUUUACUCUGUUUGGUAGCUUAGUAAAAACAUUCAAGGGUUCUAGAUGAUUGUCAUUUUUGUGAGUUUUUUUUUGCAUUUUUGCUGGCAAUUGCACGGUUUUUAGUGCCUUUUGUAUAUAAACAGAUUUUUGUCAGAAUGCGGGUGAGAGUUGUCUCCCCUUGGGGAAGUCUUCUACUUGAAACAGACAGGGUUUUAGUCAACUGUAACUGUUCGAGUUGAAAUAAAAACUUUGUUUCCUUCACAGAGUGGAAUUGUGCUGAUGACCAUUAACAGGAUUGUACAGUGAAGAAAUUUUCUUUACAGUUAUUGUUGAAAUUAAAAACAUUGUGUUAAUUAAAGUUUUGUGGGUGAACUCAGAAUAUUGUGACAGAUAUUCACUCUUGUAAGUUAAGCUCCAUGUGUGGCCCUUAUCAACAAGCAGUGAUGCUAAGUCAACAUUUAAAGUUAUGUAUGAAAUAGAGUGUCCAAUGUUGUUCUCAGUAGAUAUGUUAGAUAUUUACUCUGGGAAUUCACACUCACAGAUCAGGGCCAAAAUUUUUUGACCUUGAGGAAGGAGGGAAAGGGGAUGGUUGUAGGCAGGGGUGCAAGUGAAAACGACAAACUGGGACAGCAAGUUUGUAAUAGUGCAGUUUUGAUCUGUGAUACUAAAAGUGCUGGUUAGGAUGUUGAAAGUAAGUAAGAAAUCAAGGUGAAUUGAUUUAUAUUUUUAUUAUGUACAGGGUUUAUGUGGUAAAAAACAAGGCAGAGUUGGUCUAUACGUGUAGCUGUCCUUAGCAACCAAAAAAAAAGCUGAAUAUCAGUGCAUUCUUGAUGAUCAGGUUGCCACAAUUAGUGAAGUGUUUAGGUAAUCAAUGUUCAAUGAUCUUCUACUAGGAAUCCUUUAACUAACUUAAGUCCAGAUGUCUUCGGAGUUUAUGGAAAUUGUUUUGCUUUAAUAAUGGGCAAAGAUGUCAAAGAAAACUGCAUGCUGUUCAGUUGCCAAUGCCUUAACAUUUUUAGGUGUUAAAACUCUUGCAAUUCACAACCUGUGAAGUUCUGCGCAUACAUACAUGUUGGAUUCCUUUAUCUCGACUUCCAAAAGAACCACUGAUAUGGUACCUAGAGUAAUACAAAUAUUAGUAGAAUUAUUUUACAAAAGGGUAUACACAGUUAUGGAGGUAGACUUGGUGUUGCCGAAUUUGCUGGUCAUUCAUUGUCCGUUCUAACAGAAAAAUUCUGCCUUAUUGAUCAGACCAAGCUUGGGCGUACAUAUUUCUAUGAAAUCAGGAAAAUAAUGUAGACUCUUAGUUUAUACAGUUGCCAUGAUUUGGCCAAAUACUGCCCGUAUGGUGUUACCCCCCUAAUAUCUUGUUUAUUCAUUCUUUGUUUAAUACAAUGGUUUGGGCCUUGGAAUUUUCAUAAAUGUUGGGUUUUGAGAUGUCAAGAGUUGAUUAACUGAAGUCUUUGGCUCUAAAGAUUGGUUUGUGCCUUUGCUGUCAAAGGAUAAUUUCCAAGUCAAAUAUUUUGAAUACUUUUUCCUGUUUUUACUAUUGUUGAAACUUGGCUUUGUUUCAGUUGUUGUUAGGUGAAGUG